AUGAAUAUUUUACCCAAGAAAAGUUGGCAUGUACGCAAUAAGCGCAAUAUUGAACGUGUACGACGCGAUGAAGAGAAAGCUCGACAAGAAGAAGAAGAGAAACAACGAAAGAUUGAAUUAGCUGAAAAAGAAUCUCGUCUUGAAAUACUUCGUAAGAGAUCGCGAAUACACUCUGGGGAAGACGUUAGCGACAGUCUAACCAGUAGUAGAACCAAGGAGAAAAAUAUUAACCUCUUUGAGCAAGACGAUGCUGUCACAACAAAUAGUGAAUAUGAAGCAGAAAAGAAAGCAGAACAGGAACGACUAGAAAAGAAACUUGGGAUUUUAACUUACCUCGGCCAAAGUGCUAUAGAGUCUCACAAUGGUAAGCCUUGGUACUGUGAUGAUACCCGCUCGAAAACACCUGAAGAGAAAGCUAGCCAAAGGGACAAGAAGAGAAAAAAUGUCAUGGAUCCUCUAAACGAUAUUAACAAGUACUUGAAGGCUAAAAAGACUGGCAAUGAUAAGGCUGAUCCGUUGCCUCCCCCUAUAAGUGCUUCAAAAGCUGCUAGUAGUAAAGGUAAUCAAGGUAAGAAAACCUUGGAAGAAUUAAGAGCAGAGCGAAUUCGAAGAGAGAGAGGAGAAAGACAAAGAGAGCAAGAUUUGUUAAAGCGUAUUUAUAGUACUAAUGAUAAUUCCGGGCAAAAGGAUCGCGCUACUACGCCAUAUCAAAGGUACAAUUCUCAAUUUCACCCUGAAUAUGCGCGGCAAUCCAGGCAACAGUAG